CUGGGACUUGUUAAACUGGACACUAAUCGACAUUUGCCACGAAUUGCCAGAGUCCAAGCACCAUGGCGUUCCCGUUGCUAGACGACGAGACCUUCACGGAGGUUCUAGCGCUUCUGGACGAGUACAACACGGCAGUUGAAGAGCCUCUCGUUCCCAUCUGCAAAAAUCCUCCGUCGGCUUUCAGUCGCGUCUCCGAGAGCGCCGCAUGGGCCGCAUUCGAAGCUGCACACCCCAUCACGAAAAAUGCCAGUAAGCACCGCAAUGGAGCGCGCGAAAUGCGACGCAGAGAGGUGCAAUUCCUCCGCACAUGUGUCGACGGCUUAGAAAAGCAGCUAACCGCGUUGAGAGAAGAAGUGGAGCAACGCGCACAGCUGAGAAAUGCCACAUUGGCGUCAGAAGACGCGGCUUUGAUGAGCAUGUGGCGAGAUUUAGCCACACGCCAAUUGGACCGGAGAUUGGCGUCUGAAAGAGAGAACAGCAGACUCAAAUGUGCAUUGGAAGCUCACAACAAACUGCGAGAAAUACUGCAACAAGCGUUAAACACGAAAGUUGCGCGAGAGGCAAUGGAAACGAGCUUGAUACACGAAAAGAGGACGCGACGUGUGCAUAGCGUACCGUUGGAAGCUGCAGAUCGAGAAGUUUUCCAAGAGCUGGAAGUUGAGGUUGAUAAUGUGUACCGAGAAGCGGCAAAUGUGUUUGACACUGGCGGAGGAACAAGUUUAGGUGUGUUUGGAGAGAAGAUGUUGCCGUUUGAUGUUCACACGACAGCGGAGGCUGCGUGGAGGUGUCUGGCACACGCGUUUCAGCACGAGAAGUGCCGCUUUUCCUACAUGAGAGAGAGGCGGAAGGAGAAUGAUGAAAUAUUACAUGAUGAUACAGUGGGGGAGAGCUUUGGUGUGGAGAUUAAAGCGCCCGAACGAAUGGCAGCCUUCCGGAUUAAACAGGUUUUCCGUCGAUAUGUGGAGUCGGAGCAAACUGUGAUCGCGUGGAGAUCUUUUAUCGACACGACAGAGUUUAAAGGCCAAAGUUUGCAGAGUGUUCGCUUUCUCGAGAAAGGAUCGUGUGUCAUUCGACAGCCGUCAAAGUUGCAAACUCCCAGUGACGAGUUCACUCUUUUGCGUAUCUGGCAUGUCAUCACUCCGGAGAGUCAAACACGACCGGAAAAUAUGAGCUCAGAAUUCGUACAAGGCCUUACAGACUUCGUACUGGGCGUAUCAUCGUCUGCGAGUACAGUGCAGACGAUCGAAGACAUGCUGAUUGAUGGACAGUGUACUGCGCGUCACAGCAAUUACGAAGAACAUGUGUGAGGCAUAGUAAAUGUAGUCAUAGUAACAGUGAAUACUAAAAAAAAAUGUUUUGGUCUC